CCUCUAUCUCAAGCUGAACAGAACCUACAGACUACCACCUGUGAUUCCUUCUCUAACAGGAAAAGAUUACCAUGGAGAAGUUGGCCAUCCUUCUGCUUCUGAGUGCUGCCAUUGCACUGGGCGAUGCCAACCUGACCCUGCUCCUUGGUUUAGAACCCUUACUGAAGACUGAGGUGGAACAGACUCCUCCUGUUGAGGCUCAGGUAGCAGCAGUGCAGGAGGGGACAAAGGAAAGUUCAUGUCCCUCAGACUGGCACACAUAUGGAUCACGCUGUUUCAAGUUUGUCAGCAUUCCACAGUCAUGGGCAGAUUCCGAGCAAAACUGUUUGGCACUUGGUGGAAACCUAGCAUCUGUGCGUAACCUUUUAGAGUACCAGUUCAUGCAAGCACUGACAAAGGACACCAAUGGCCACCUACCUGACACCUGGGUUGGAGGUUUUGAUGCAGUCAAGGAGGGCUUAUGGAUGUGGUCAGAUGGGUCCAGAUUUGACUACACUCACUGGAACACUGGUGAGCCCAAUAACGCUGGAGAAGGAGAGGACUGUCUGCAGAUGAACGCUGCAAGUGAGAAGCUCUGGUUUGAUGUGCCCUGUGAGUGGAAGUUUGUAUCUAUCUGUUCCAGAAGAAUGUAGGCUAGGAAAUGACCCAGCCACUUCAACUCCCACCUCCAGGGGUCAACAGUCUACACUUCAAUACUCAAACCAAGAUCUGUCACUCACUGCAGCUCACCAACAUGACAAAUAAAACAUGUAUUCACAAAAAAGCUAUCCACCUAUCUAAUGAUUAGCCAACGAGCCAUAUCUAACAGUUAGAAAUAAUGACAGAGGAAUUUACAAGAGACAGCAAACAGCAAACAUGUAGCUACUGAAAAAACAGCCUUUGAAGUUCAAUGCAGACUUUUAUACUAAGUCAUGAUCUGCUGUUAGCUAGCUACUGUUUAGGUAGGCUAACCUUUCAGGUUAACUAACAUUAGGUAAACUUCCUUUGAAGUUCAAUGCAGACUUUUAUACUAAGUCAUGAUCUGCUGUUAGCUAGCUACUGUUUAGGUAGGCUAACCUUUCAGGUUAACUAACAUUAGGUAAACUUGUGAUGAAACUGUGUGAUGUUGAUGAUCCUGCUUUUCAAAUUAAAGAUAAAUGACAGACUA